GUUUGCUCCGCGUUUCGUGUGCCUCAGCUGCUGUCCGAUGCUGCUGGGCGAAAGCAAAUGUGUGUUUUUUCCUCUCGAGCGGUAGCAAAGCAGUCCAUUUAUCCAUCACUCAUGUCCGCCGCGUUCGGCCGUUCGAGUGCUUAACGGAAGACAGGAUCUUCUGCCGUGAUCUCUAGUUAAUAGUGCCGCGAUCGCUAGUGGAAUAAACACACACGCGGUGUAUCGUACGCAAACGCAACACAGUUUUAUGGUGCUACAUCAGUGAUUCGUAGGAUAUUAGCCCCGGAAGAGCGCACUCAACAACCGACCCUCAUCCGCACAUCCCUUUCGCUGCCGCUGUCCCUAAUAUCGGAAUUGCCUAGAGCGUUUCGGCGUUUCUGAAGCGAGCGUUCGAUCGAUCGUUGCGCUCUCGCUCAUUCGCAACAGAAAACUGGAUACCGAUAUGAUGAAAAUGGAAACGGAUAAAAUUAUGGACGACGCGAUCAGCAACACACAGUUCACCACCUCGCUGAUGUACGAUCCGGCGCGAAAGAAAGAACCGUCACCGUCGUACCAAACCGAGCGCGAUGCCUGCCUAGCAGUGUUCGGCAAGUGGAGCGAGGCGGACCAGCUGAACUACGUCGAGCACAUCCUGUCCCGCAUGUGCCACUACCAGCACGGACACAUCAAUGCCUACCUGAAACCGAUGCUCCAGCGCGACUUCAUCACACUGCUGCCCACAAAAGGAUUGGAUCACGUGGCCGAAAACAUUCUCUCCUAUCUGGACGCCAAGUCGCUCUGCCGGGCGGAGCGCGUGUGCAAGGAGUGGUCCCGCGUCAUCUCCGAGGGCAUGCUGUGGAAGAAGCUGAUCGAGCGAAACGUCCGCACCGAUUCACUGUGGCGAGGGCUGGCGGAACGUAAAGGAUGGAUCAAAUAUCUGUUCAUACCGCGACCGGGCGUGACGCUCCGGCAACACAAAUUCUACCGCGAGCUCUUCCCGAAAAUCAUGAAGGACAUCGAGGCGAUCGAGAACAACUGGCGCACGGGCAAUCACAACCUACAGCGGAUAAACUGCCGGUCAGAGAAUUCCAAGGGUGUCUACUGUUUGCAGUACGACGACGAUAAGAUUGUGUCCGGGUUGCGCGACAACACGAUCAAGAUCUGGAACCGUUCGACGUUACAGUGCUGCAAGGUUCUCACGGGGCACACGGGAUCGGUGCUGUGUUUGCAGUACGACGACAAGGUCAUCAUCAGCGGGUCGAGUGACUCGACCGUGCGCGUGUGGGACGUGAACACGGGCGAUAUGGUCAACACGCUGAUACAUCACUGCGAAGCGGUUCUGCAUCUGCGCUUCAACAACGGCAUGAUGGUCACCUGCUCAAAGGAUCGCUCGAUUGCUGUGUGGGAUAUGACCUCACCGACGGAGAUUGCCCUGAGGCGCGUGCUGGUGGGGCACCGGGCGGCCGUCAAUGUGGUGGACUUUGACGAGAAGUACAUCGUGUCCGCUUCCGGCGAUCGGACGAUCAAGGUGUGGAACACGUCGACGUGCGAGUUUGUCCGUACGCUCAACGGCCACAAGCGGGGCAUCGCCUGCCUGCAGUACCGCGACCGGUUGGUGGUCAGCGGCAGUUCCGAUAACUCGAUUAGACUAUGGGACAUCGAAUGUGGCACGUGCUUGCGAAUUCUCGAGGGCCACGAGGAGCUCGUUCGCUGCAUCCGGUUCGACUCGAAGCGCAUCGUCAGCGGGGCGUACGAUGGCAAAAUCAAAGUGUGGGAUCUCCAAGCUGCCUUAGACAUCCGAGCACAGACCAACUCGCUGUGCCUCAAAACGUUGGUGGAACACACCGGUCGCGUAUUCCGGUUGCAGUUCGAUGAAUUCCAGAUCGUGAGCAGUUCGCACGACGACACGAUUCUGAUAUGGGACUUCCUGAACUGCUCGCAGAAGGAGGACCUGACGGCGCCCCAGUCGUGCAGCAUGGUGCAGAGCAACCACCACAACAACAGUGGCAGCAGUAGUGGUAGCGGCAAUAGCAUGGGUGGUGGCGUUGGUGGUGGAGGUGGUGGUGGUGGCGGUGGGAGUGGUGCCGGUGGUGCCAGUGGCGCUGUUGGAGCCGGAAGCAACGCCAACGGUGGUGGUGGCCAGAACAACCAUCUCCACAACAACAGCAACAGCAACAACAACAACUCCAACAACAACAACCAUCAAAACGAUGAACUUAGUGACUAAACGGACGACGGCUCCGGCGAGUGUGGUGGGUCCGGGAGAGACGAAGUGCACCGCGACGAGACGACCGCAGACCGACGGCGAAUGCGACGGCAUUGGUAGCGCAAAAUUCCUCUUCUAGGGCAGCGCGCUCGGUACCACCGAACUGUGUUCGAUUGUGUUCCGAUCGCGCGGCCCCUCUCAAAACAGAUUGUAGUUUCUUUUUUUUAUUGGCAGCACCCUGAUUAAGCGUAAGAAAUAAGGUUAAGCAAAUAAAACGGAAUGUUCCGAUCCAACACACACCGCGCAGUGCAGCACCAUUCUCUCCCCUCCGCUGUAGGAAUCCACAGUUAAAGUCGCUUGAGUGGCGGCCCUCUGGUUCUGGUUCUUUGUUCGGUUCUGCUUAUGAAAACAUGUGCAUCACAACAUAACGUUUUGAAAGAACCCGAAUCCGGCAAAAGUGUUGGACACUGCAAGUCUCAACAGUUAUUCGUUUUCUGUUUUAACGGACACACAGCGGGAUGUGAGAUUUUGUGUUUUAAUCAGCCUAACAAAUUGAUCGCUACCAAGCAAAGCAGGCAAGUGUGUUCAUGAGAGAGUGGCCAACAGUGCAUGGCGGUAGUGGCUCACUUUUAGCUAGCUUAAAGAAGAAAAUGGCAAAUCGUGCGCGCGCCCCACGCCCUUGUGCAAUUCGCUGUCGGUCGUUCAGUCUCAGUCUGCUCGGGCGCCGUUGUGUGUGUGUGUGUCGGGUGGGGUUGUAUUGAUUAUCUCAUAGUUUAUUGAACAACAACAAAAAAAACACAGAAUAAGAAAACACGGCUGUUUACCAUAAAUAAACAGGAAUAAGGUAAAUUAAGGCAGAAGAAUAAUACGUCGCGAGGGAUACGCACGCGGCCACAUAGGACGGCGGGGAGCGCUAAUUUAGGGAAGACGUAAAAACACGUUGACACCGGGCAAGGAUUUUACAGCGGGAGAGAAAAGAAACACGUCGUCGUCGUCGGGGUGUCGUGGUCGUAGAUUGUACACUUUUACCGGAAUGGCGAGAGAAAAACGGGAAGAAAAAAAAACAGUCACACACACGCAGCAGGACAGUAAACGUUAUAGUGGAAGCGGCUUAAUCGGACUGUUAUUAGACUUAUUUUUAUGACUAUUACACACUAUGAUUAUUACUGUAAUUAUGAUUACCGUGUAAAGCACUAUCUAACUAAAGCGGAUCAUCCGCCGCGGCCGCCCCCCUCUGAUUGAUACAAAAACAACAUAAAAAAAACCCGGGAUAUCAACGUUUGGCGCGUUGGACUUUAGAGAAUCGAACCAGGAUCGGUAAACAAUUCGAUUAGAAAAGCAAAGCCUGCUAUAAACUGCUCUCGUAAACACUGACAAGGACGAGGAAAGGAACCGAAAAAAAAUGAAAGAGAAAAAGAGAGAGUGAGAUAUCCCCCUUUCACACUGCUGCAGACGCUGUUCUCUGGGGACCGUUUAUGGGCGAUACUCGAUACUUCUCAACUCGUCCUUGAUUAACGUAUUUAUUGCAUAACUAAUGUGAGUGCGUGUGUGUGUGCGGGGGGAAUCCACGUGCACGUGCGCACACCCCAUCAUCAUCGUUAUCGUCAUCGUCAUCAUCAUCCGAUCGUACAGGAGCGCAACCCCUACGAUGUGUGUACAUUUAAAUUAACCAACAAAACAACGGGAAACAGAUCGCUCACGUCGUGGCGUGGCGCUCGGGAGGACCCCGUUGAUAAGAAAGAGAAGUAUGUUACAACUCGAUAAGGCUCGAUAAAACACUUUAAUCCCCGUCGAUAAAAAAAGAAGAAAACACUGCACGUGACACGACGAAUGGCUAGAUGAAUGACAUGCACGAAAGUACCGC